AUGGCUGCUUCUCUUUCUGUCUAUCUCUUCGGCGAUCAGACCGCCGACUUCCAGGAUGAUCUGCGAGCCCUGCUGCUCGUGAAGAGCAACGCUCUGCUGGCUACGCUGAUAGACCAAGCAACUGUGUCUCUGCAAAGAGAGAUCCAGUCUCUGCCAUGGUCCCAACGAGAACAGCUGCCCUCCUUUGGGAAUCUGCUGGAUCUUUUGUCGAUCGGUGCAUCCAAACCACUUCACCCUGCAUUGCACCUAGCUCUUUCUUGUCUCCAUCACUUUGGACUUUACGUAUGUCAACGAGAUUCGCAUGGCGAUGAUGUCGGCUACACAGUCGGUUUUGGCACGGGAAGACUGGCAGCCACCGUGGUGAGCUGCUGUCCAGCACCGGAGAAACUGCUGCCAGCCGCUCUAGAAACGGUCCUUAUCGGCUUUCGAGUCGGCCUCCUGGCCGCAAACGCCGGGGAUCAGAUCAAUGUCAACAGAAAGGGCCUCGCAUCGUGGAUUGUCCAGAUCGAGACAGACGAGAGCGAUGAUGUGCUAGAACAGCUGAAGGAAUUCUCUAUCCAAAAGCGUCUGCCGACAUGUUCGAAACCGUACUUGUGCGCGGUGUUCCAAGGAUCAUUGCUCAUCGGCGGAAGCCCGGCCUUGCUCCGCGAAUUGGUUGAUACUCAUCACCUGAAAGCCUCUUAUCUGCCCGUACACGCUCCCUUUUAUGGAUCUGCGAUCUUCUCGGACCGUGACGUGGACCGCCUUGUCCGAUCAUUUCCGCCGACCCUGUCGGAUGCGAGUCCCAAGUUCACCUUGCUUUCAGGACUCAAUGGAAAGACGGUGCCUUCCCAGACCUUGCAUUCGUUGCUUGCCAUGGCUGUCAAGGCCAUCCUACAGGAACAGUUGGCAACAGACGAAGUUUUGUCAUCUAUCAAAGACACUGUGCUUCCUGAUACCGCUAAACCCUGCACGAUUAUUUCCAUUGGCACAAACAUGGGCUCCAAGCUUGUUGCAAUGAUCCAGGAGAGCGGCGUCGCUGAGGUUACUUAUCUGGAGAAUAAAGCCAUUCUGAAUCAAACUGCCGGCUCACAGCCUGCAAGACAGCAGAAGCUAGCAAUCACUGGGUUUUCAGGUCGAUUUCCAGGAGCAGAGAACGUCCACGAAUUCUGGGAUCUGCUUCAUCGCGGGGUUGACACAUGCUCUGAGACGCCUCCUAGUCGCUGGGACGUGAAGACACAUGUUGACCCGACGUUAAAGGGCAAGAAUACCAGCGCAACACCAUGGGGUUGCUGGCUCAACAAUCCCGGUCUCUUCGACCGCUCUUUCUUCAGCAUAUCACCACGGGAAGCUCCUCAGAUGGAUCCGGCACAAAGGCUUGCGCUGAUGUGUGCAUAUGAAGCUGUCGAAAUGGCUGGCCUUGUCCCCGAUGCGACUCCUUCUACCAUGAGAAGCCGCGUCGGGGUAUUCAUUGGCGUCACCAGUAACGACUGGUGUGAGACAAACAGUGCGCAAGAUGUCGACUUCUACUUUAUCCCUGGUGGAAAUCGCGCAUUCAUCCCGGGGCGGCUGAACUACUAUUUUAAAUUUAGCGGGCCCAGUUUCAGCAUCGACACAGCCUGCUCUUCCAGCCUUGCAGCCAUCCACCUGGCCUGCAAUGCACUCUGGAGAAAGGAGAUCGACACCGCCAUCGUGGGAGGGACCAACGUCUUAACGAAUCCGGAUGUCACCGCCGGUCUGGAUCGCGGUCACUUUCUGUCACGGACGGGAAAUUGCAAAUCCUUUGACGACGGAGCGGAUGGAUAUUGCCGCGGGGAAGGCGUUGGAAUCGUGAUUCUGAAGCGCCUGGAAGAUGCUCAGGCUGAUAAUGACCCGAUCUACGGCUGCAUUCUGGCUGCAGCCACCAACCAUUCUGCAGAAGCCGAAUCCAUCACACGGCCCCACGUUGGAGCACAGCAAGCACUGUUUUCAAAAAUCCUGGCAGACGCAGGUGUUCAUCCAAAUGAAGUCAGCUAUGUGGAGAUGCACGGAACCGGCACCCAGGCUGGUGACAGCAGAGAAAUGGCUUCGGUUUCACAGACAUUCGCCCCGUGGCCGCAGGGUGCUCCUCGCAGUCGGGAUAAUGACUUGUAUGUGGGCUCUGUGAAAGCAAAUGUCGGACAUGGAGAAUCGGUUUCAGGGGUCACGUCUCUGAUCAAGGUCCUGCUGAUGAUGCAGAAGAACGAGAUCCCGCCUCAUUGUGGCAUCAAGACAAGGAUCAAUCAGGCGUUUCCGCCUGAUCUUCAUGAGCGGCGCGUCAGAAUUGCAAUGCAGCCAACGCCAUGGCACCGAAACAGGAAACCUCGAAGAGCACUGAUCAACAACUUCAGCGCUGCUGGCGGUAAUUCCUGUCUCCUGAUAGAGGAUGCACCGGAACAGCCAGCUCGAAAAGAUCGCCUCGACACGCGUCCAGCGCAUGUGAUCACUCUGUCUGCAAAGACGCAGACGGCCCUGGAUGCCAACAUUCGCUCCAUGGCUGAUUUCCUUCAAAACUCUGACAGCGUGUCUCUGCCCGACUUAGCCUACACAUCCACCGCGAGGAGGAUGCACUACAAUUUCCGCAGUUCCUACGCUGUUCGAUCGAUUGAGGAGCUAUGCCAGAGCCUGGAAAGAGAUGUUGCAAAUCCUCCAAAACAGGUUCGAGGGCCACCUACGAUGAUCUUUGCGUUCUCGGGACAAGGAUCGAACCACGCUGGGAUGGGCAAACAACUCUAUGAGACAAAUUCCACCUUCCGUUCGGACCUCGAUCGGUUUGAUGCGAUCGUACAGAACCUCGGGUUUGGUUCGAUCCUGCCGUACCUGCGAGGCCUUGAUGAGGCAGCUAACGAAGCAUCCUUCUCGACGGUGCAGCUCGCCCAGGUAUCGCUCCAAAUGGCACUGGCCCGUUUAUGGAGAAGCUGGGGCAUUACGCCGAAGGCAGUGGUUGGUCACAGUCUAGGAGAAUAUGCGGCGUUGAACUGCGCUGGCCUGCUCUCUGAUUUUGACGCUCUGUGGAUUUGUGGUCAGCGAGCCCAGCUUCUGGAGGACUAUUGCCAUGCAGGGACGCAUGCAAUGCUUGCCGUGCGCAGCCAGCAAGAUGAAGUUAUCGCCAGUUUGAAGGGGAUCCCUGUUGAGAUUGCUUGCAUCAAUGGUCCUCGUGAGACUGUUGUCAGUGGUGCGAACGAAGACAUCGAUGAAUCAGCCCAAAUACUAGAGGCCAAAGGAAUCAAAUGCAAUCGGAUAAAGGUUCCGUAUGCAUUCCACUCAAGUCAACUAGAGCCCAUUCUCGACCACUUCUCGAGGGUCUUGGACGGAUCAGCAUUCGGAGUUCCAACAAUCCCGAUCUUGAGUCCCUUGCUGUCUGCAGUCAUCCAAGCGGGCGACGAGAUCAGCAAAGACUAUCUUGUCCAACAAUGUCGUGAGCCUGUGAACUUUAUUGGCGCCGUUCAGGCCGGUGAAGCAGCGGGAAUCCUCAGUGAUCGGAGCCACAUCCUCGAGAUCGGACCGGGGAUGGUCCUUGCUCGACUUAUCCAGCGUACUAUCGAGCGGCCAACGACGAUUAUCCCGUCCCUCGACCCGAAUCAAGACUCGUGGCUGGUACUCAGCCGCAGCGUUGCCACUGCGUAUCGUGUUGGAUGCAAUAUCGAUUGGGCGCAGUACUACAGAGACUAUGAGUACUCCGUUCUCCAGCUCCCGUCUUAUGCAUGGGACCUGAAAAACUACUGGAUCCAGUAUGUACACGAUUGGUCUCUCCGCAAAGGUGAUCCCUUGCCAGCGAUCACAGCGUCUGCCGCGGCAUCGAAACUGGAGAUAGCAACGACCUGCUGCCAGAAGACUGUUCAUGCGGAGUUCAAGGGUGACACCGUCCAUGCUGUCUGGGACUCAGAUCUACAAUCGGAGAGUCUCAAACAAGUGGUGGCUGGUCAUCGAGUCAACGGCGUGGCCGUCUGCAUCGGGUCUGUUUACGCCGACAUGGCGAUUACGAGCGCGAAAGCGAUCUUGCAAUCUUUCCAAGAUGACACGACGGACACUGCGAUGAUACUAAAGGAUAUGGAUAUGCAAGACGCGCUAAUUGUAAAUGACAGCGCAGAACCCCAGAUCGUCCGCAUCGAGGCAAACUGCAGUUGGCAAGAAAAGAAAGUAGAAGUUCAAAUCAGCUCUGUUGACAACAACGGCAAAAUCAGCAAGACGCAUGCAAAAGCCACUAUUGCCUUCACCAGCCGCGAACAGGAGCGCGAGACUCUCCGCCGGGAGAUGGCCGAGACAGGCUUUCAAAUUGAGACCCUGAAGAACAGCGUUGAAUCCGGUCUGGUAGAACGGUUCACGACCUCCAUGGCCUAUCGAAUGGUAGCAUCACUUGCGCACUAUAAUCCGUCACACAGAGGCGUGAAAGCAGUCUACAUGAAUUCGACCACCCUCGAGGCAAGUGCACUCGUCCAGUCGGCCGUUGACGAUCGGCUUCCAGGCGUCUUCACGAUUCAUCCGUGCGUCUUCGACUCGGUCUUGCAACUGGCAACCUUCGUUCUCAAUUCCAAUGAGAACUCAAAGUUCGACGAGGAGGUCUAUGUGGUUCGUGGUUGGGAUAGUGUCUUCCUUGAUGACCUUUUAACGCCAGAGGAACGCUACGAGACCUACGUGAAGAUGACGGCCCGGGACAAAGACGUCUCUGUGGGAGACAUUGCCAUCAUGAAAGGCAAAGAAGUUAUUGGUUGUAUAAAAGGAGUGCGAGCGCAACGUGUCCCACGCCGUCUGAUGGACGUCAUGUUCCGACGGAAGACAGAUGCCGCAGCGAGUACGCUGUCGAACGACACGCCAGCAACCGUGGUCGAGGUCCAAGAGCACAUUUUGCGUGAAGAUGGACGUGAUUCUUCAAAGCUAGACAAAGCGCUCUCCAUUGUUGCGGAGGAAUCUGGCAUUGCCCUAGGCGAGUUGAAGGACGAGGACUUCCUCUCGGACAUCGGCAUUGACUCGCUUCUCAUCUUGGUCAUCGCGAGUCGGUUCCGCGAAGAGUUGGAGCUAGAUCUGUCGGCCAACUUCUUUAUGGAAGUGAACUCAAUCGGCGCGAUCAAGGCCUUUUUCAACGGUCAGGAGGAUUCUACAUCUCACUCGGGAACAGCCACGCCAACGAGCAGCUCGGCGGCAUCGACACGGGCAACGUCUGUCUCCGCCGAAACUAGUCUAGGCGAGGGCAAGCAUGAAAGUACUUCCCCCAAGAAAGCACCUGUGUCAACCUCAAUCCUCCUCCAGGGAACAUUGAAGCCGCAUACGAAGACGAUGUUCCUCUUCCCAGACGGAUCCGGGUCCGCGACUUCCUACAUGCACCUGCCGCGUGUACAUGAGGACGUCGCCGUCAUUGCCUUGAACUGUCCGUACAUGACGAAUCCCAAAGACUGGGAGGGAAACUUUGAGGACAUCGCAAACAUCCUUCUCGCGGAGGUUCGUCGACGACAACCCAAGGGCCCUUACUACUUGGGCGGAUGGUCCGCGGGCGGCGCAUUCGCCCACUACGCGACACGGGUGUUGCUCGAGGCAGGCGAAGAAGUGCGAUCGCUGCUGCUGAUCGAUGCGCCCUGUCCGAUUGGCCUGGGAAAGCUCCCUCAGGCCUUCUUCGACUACUGGCGGACGAUCCACGAGCCCGGUGGCAUCGUCGAAGACCGGCCGCUGCCGCCCUGGCUGAUGGACCAUUUCCAGGCAGUGAAUGAAAAUCUCCGCGGCUACGUGGCCAGUCCGCUGCCAGCAGGGAAGUCGCCCAAAACGUAUCUUGUCUGGGCCGCCAAGGGAACAGACAACCUGGCGGGCUUCACGGGCCGACAUUUACUGACGCCGGAGGAGGAUGCCGACCUGGGGUUCCUGAUGGACGACAAGACAGAUUUCGGAACAAGGGGGUGGGAGAGAUUGAUAGAGGGAGAGAUCACGAUCGAGAGGGCGAUGACGUCGAAUCACUUCACGAUCGUGCGGGGAGAGGGGGCUGCGUUGUUGAGCUCGCAGAUCAAGCGAGCAUGUCUUGCACAAGAUUGA